CCAUACUUCCGGUAAUCGGGGCCCGGUAGCAGUAGCUCUGUUCUGAUUGGUCAGAAGGGACCGAGGGGCGGGGCUUUGGGCGCGAGCAGGAAAAGAAAGGAGGAGGUUCACAAUAAAAACGAUGGCUGCGAUUCGUAAGAAGCUGGUGAUAGUCGGAGACGGAGCGUGUGGAAAGACGUGUCUGCUCAUCAUUUUCAGUAAGGACCAGUUUCCAGAGGUCUACGUCCCUACAGUGUUUGAGAAUUAUGUUGCAGAUAUUGAGGUAGACGGUAAACAGGUGGAGCUGGCACUAUGGGACACUGCAGGACAGGAAGACUACGACAGACUGAGGCCGCUCUCCUACCCUGACACUGAUGUCAUCCUGAUGUGCUUCUCCAUUGACAGCCCUGACAGUCUGGAGAACAUUCCAGAGAAAUGGACACCAGAGGUGAAGCACUUCUGUCCAAAUGUCCCCAUCAUCCUUGUGGGAAACAAAAAGGAUCUUCGGAACGAUGAACACACCCGGAGGGAGCUGGCCAAGAUGAAACAGGAGCCCGUUAAAGCGGAAGAGGGCAGAGACAUGGCCAAUCGCAUCAACGCCUCCGGUUACCUCGAGUGUUCUGCCAAAUGUAAAGAUGGUGUGAGGGAGGUGUUUGAAAUGGCCACCAGGGCGGCGCUGCAGGCCAAGAAACGUAACAAGAAGAACGCUUGCGCUCUCCUAUAAAGGAGGAUGAGGGAAUAACAAGGGAGUGGGGGAGGGAGGAGGGACAGAUAUACAGGCCACAGAUAGGGAGAGAUGAAGAAGUGAGGGAGGAGUGGAGAGAGAGAGAGAGAGAGAGACCCUAGGGUUAGAGAUAAGCACCUGGGGGUAAGUCAUUUACUCAAGCAGGCCAAAGGACCCAAAGACACAGGGGUAACAACGUAAAAGGGAUUAAGCCGUUUCGACACGCACCGUUCCCAUAGCAACGUCCUCACGUCUCGAGUGGUCAUGUGGUUCCAUCUGCUGUUUAGAUCCAGAGCGGAUGGAAUCAUGUGGUUUAUUUAAGUAAGGGAAAUGCUCGUUUUACACACACACACACACACACACACACACACACACACACACACACACACACACACACACACACACACACUCACUGGUGUUUAUCAGUGCUGUAGUCUCACACACACUCUGAAGUCUACUCAGUGAUCUGGAGUUGUACGGCUCCAGAGUAAAGCACACGUACACAGUAACAAUACUAACGCCUCACUAUAACACACACGAUUACGUACUGUAACGUUUUAAACGCCGUUUCAGGUCCUUUACAGCUCGGCGCCUCAGACCGAAGACGACUCGGACCCGCGGCUCCAGACGUGCAGCGUCCGUCACCGUCGGCUGUAACGACGGCGCGUCUCAGAGUUUUAUAUCAUAUUAUAUAUAAAUAGAAAUAUAUUGUCUGGUGUCGUUAGGUUGUCGUCAUUGUUGUUUUUUUUCUACUUCCUGUCUGUACCGCGUGUUUUAACAGCUGUAUGACGCUCUGCUGACUUUUUCUGCAUUUCAUUCAUUCAUUAAAAAAAAAAACUUUUACGGUUUUAAUUCAGUCAAAA